AUGGGCCGCCUGGCCGAUCUGCUGCUCCAGGGCCACAAAAAUAACAAGCCGCCGGUGCAGCAAGCAAUGAACAACGCUUCGACCAAAUUUUCCGACAACUACGACGUCAAGGAGGAGCUCGGAAAGGGUGCCUUCUCGGUGGUGCGACGAUGCGUCCAUAAGAGUACUGCCGCGGAGUUUGCCGCCAAGAUCAUCAACACGAAGAAGCUGAGCGCUCGCGAUUUUCAGAAACUGGAGCGCGAGGCCCGGAUCUGCCGCAAGCUGCAGCACCCGAAUAUUGUCCGCCUGCACGACAGCAUCCAGGAGGAGUCCUAUCACUACCUCGUCUUUGACUUGGUAACCGGCGGAGAACUUUUCGAGGAUAUCGUCGCCCGUGAAUUCUACUCCGAAGCAGAUGCUAGCCACUGCAUCCAGCAGAUUCUCGAGUCGAUCGCCUACUGCCACACCAACUCCAUCGUUCAUCGUGAUCUGAAGCCCGAAAAUCUGCUCCUUGCCAGCAAGCAGAAGGGCGCCGCCGUCAAGUUGGCUGAUUUCGGGUUGGCCAUAGAGGUUACUGCCGACCAGGAAGCUUGGUUCGGGUUUGCCGGCACCCCUGGAUACCUCUCGCCGGAAGUGCUGAAGAAGGACCCCUACGGCAAGCCGGUCGACAUAUGGGCCUGUGGUGUGAUCCUCUACAUUCUACUGGUCGGCUACCCGCCAUUCUGGGAUGAGGAUCAGCACCGGUUGUACGCACAGAUCAAGGCUGGAGCCUAUGAUUACCCAUCACCCGAAUGGGACACUGUGCGCCCGGAGGCCAAGCAGCUCAUCGACCGCAUGCUUACCCCGAACCCGAAGAAGCGCAUCACCGCCGAUGAGGCCCUCAAGGUUCCAUGGAUCUGCCAACGUGACCGCGUGGCGUCGGCCAUCCACAGGCAGGACACGGUCGACUGCCUCAAGAAGUUUAACGCCCGCCGCAAGCUUAAGGGCGCCAUCCUGACGACGAUGAUCGCGACGCGGAACCUGUCGAGUAAGUUCUCGGCUGCUGCUGCUGCUACCGCAGCUGAAGGUGGG